AUGGAUGUCGACGCCGACGUGGAGGCGUUGGUGCGAGAGCUCGAGACGCGAUUGGGAAUCGUGGACGCACGCGAUGGACGAAUCAAGGUGAAAUUCGGCGUCUUGGUUCGCGACGAACGGUGCGCGGACAUGUUCGAGGGGCUGAACGGAACCUUACGAGCGGCGAAGCGAAGGAAGAGGAUCGAUUUCGAGGGAGAGAUGUUGUUGCAGGGAGCGCACGACGACGUGGACGUGGUGGUUUUGCAGGGCUGUCGCGAGCGCGACGAAUCGUGA